GGUGACGUCAUCAAACCUUUCUCGAAUCGUGCCACAAUCUCCAAACGGCGCGAGAAGUCACAUUUGUCUUAUCUUUAAUUUUGUGAGACUUAUCACUUUAUUCUUCGUUGUUGAGCUGGAGACACCGCCUUUCCUGUCCCUCGGCUUCCUCCAGCCGUCUGCAGAAAGUUUGGCACCUUCAAGGGUUCACCAACAUUAUUUUGUGGACGACAGCUAGAGAAAGCGGUCUGUUCAGCCGUAGCGUGUGGAUUUCUUCGGCCACCAGUGCUGUCUUGUGAAACUAAACCAUGGGGAAGCAGAACAGUAAGCUCCGCCCUGAGGUGAUGCAGGACCUGCUGGAAAGCACGGACUUCACAGAGCACGAGAUCCAGGAAUGGUACAAGGGCUUUCUUAGGGACUGUCCCAGCGGCAACCUAUCCAUGGAGGAGUUUAAGAAAAUCUACGGAAACUUCUUCCCCUACGGAGACGCCUCCAAGUUCGCAGAGCACGUGUUUCGCACUUUCGAUGCGAACGGCGACGGCACGAUAGACUUUCGGGAGUUCAUCAUUGCGCUGAGCGUCACGUCACGAGGAAAGCUGGAACAAAAGCUCAAGUGGGCGUUCAGCAUGUAUGAUUUGGAUGGUAACGGUUACAUCAGCAAGUCGGAGAUGCUUGAGAUUGUGCAGGCAAUUUAUAAGAUGGUAUCGUCUGUGAUGAAGAUGCCAGACGAUGAGUCUACGCCUGAAAAGAGAACAGAGAAGAUCUUCAGACAGAUGGACACAAACCGGGAUGGGAAACUGUCUCUGGAGGAGUUCAUCAAAGGGGCAAAGAGCGACCCAUCCAUCGUGCGUCUGCUACAGUGUGACCCCAGCAGUGCAGGACAGUUCUGAGAUCCGUGACACGUGUCGACCUUUUAUUUAUUUAUGGGUUUUAAUUUACUUUUAAUAUAGUCACUCCUCCCACUCGCAGGGAAAUGAUGGAGGGUCAGUUUUUCCAGAGUAGGGCAUCUGGGUCCCAUCAGACUGAGCUUGGCCAGAUGUACACACACACACACACACACACACAGAGAGAGAAAGAGAGAGUUAUUGGCUGCGUUAUCCCUUUAGGGAGAUACACCAGGUCAACAGGAACCCUGUGAUGGAGUGAAUUAUGGUAACUAAAGCAUCUAUCUGAGCUUAGAUCACUUCCUGAUUAGAAAACAGACUUUGUGUCAUGUUAAGUACACGGUCAGUAAUCAUUUAUGAUUUAAAAAAAAGUGUUUUUAUUUUUAAAAGCUUGUAGACGGGCCAGUUUAAGAGUCAGGAAGGAAUAACUGAUGCUUCAGUAAAGGAGUGAUUUCUCCUUUCCUUUUUUUUCUUUUUGAAUCCUGUAAAAAAGAAAAAUGGUCUGUUUGUCUAUUGACACCUCAGCCUUAGUAAUUUGUAUAUUUGGGUACUUAAUACAGUCACUGCAGACUCAUUCCAAUUUUUAGAUUGAUCUAGAUGAUGUUUUAAUAGUUUAUUGACAUCCUAGUCUUGGCCAACUUUGUUAUUGGCAGAUCACAGUAUUAUUAUUAUUGUUAUCCCAUGGGACCAAUAAAUCAGGCAUUCAAAUCGUUCUUAUUGUGCACAAAUGGUUCCCAACAUUUUACUUGCGGUCCAAAGAGCCUUAUUAACAAGUGCUGUAAACGCACAUCCGGUUUUAUGUCGAGUAGUUUUAGUUUAACAAAGUCUACUGUUUGAAAGACUUAAAAAACAAGUUCUGUUUCUUUUCCAAGUUUUCUAAUGUUUGUACUCUUGUAACGUUUAGGCUUGUAUAUAAAUCUAAAAUGUCAGACGCGCAUGCAAAACUGUACUCCAACUUUGACCGCAGCGAUCAGUUUUAAUCGAUGUUUUUAGUGAAAAGCAUGUAACACCUAUUUUAUCUGCAUUUGUGUACAGGAGAGUAUUUGUGUAAUUGGUAUGCAUGUCGUGUGUGGUUGAGAUCAGUUACAACCCUGGUUAUAGAUGUUGUGAUGCAUUGUUUGCAUUAUUGCAGAAAGUGGGCUAAUUACUUUUUGUUGUCGAAGAACUAAAGCUUUGAUUUAAAGCUUGUAUGAGAGUUUUCUGCUAUAUAGACAGUCUUUAACUCUGGGUUGUACACAUGAGCAUCAUCAAGUUACUGAAUUGCCUUAUACACACUGAAGUAAUGCUGUUAGGCUUUUAGUUUUUCUUUUUAAUUAAGCUUGCUUACAUCUGAAAUGAACAUCUGCUGAGAGUUUAACCCUAUGGCUUUCCCAUUCACCUAAUUUAUAAAAAAACAAAGCAGUAGUGGUUUAUUUUGAUCCUUCUACCUUUAAAAAAAAUAAUGCUUUUGACUUAAAGAAGAGCAUCAUCGGACUCAUUCCUUUUUGAAUAGCCACUCAUGUGUUGUCCAUUCAUUUAUAACACUGCCCUGAACAUUAACAAUAUGUUGUUUCAAAGUACUAUCAUCAUAUUGUAUCACCUUCUGUCAUGCUUUUAUUGAGCAAGCUGAAGUCACAGAGCUCCUCUAUGUCUCUGUAAACAUCAACGCCUCACCACAGUGCAUUCAAUUCUGCUAUAUGGUUAACUAAACAUAUUUGAAUGUUUGUUGUUGGGUUUUUAUUCAUUAUAACUGCUGGUUUUGUAAAAAUUGAAAAGGCAGAUCAAACCUGCAUUUUUUGUUAAAAAUGCAUAUUUUAUGUUUUUUGUUUCGUUUUAAACCUCUGACACAACAUUUCUGUAUCACAAAUAUAUAUCAUGUGGUCAGGUGCCAAAAAUAUGGAAGCAGUAUUGUAUAAAUUUAUACUGUACAAUUGUUAUUUGUUUGUAAUUGUUGCAUUUUGUAGAUUUUGUAUGGUAAUCUGUAUUUUGUGACUGUAGAUUUGAGGCAUAGACAUUUGUUUUGGUUAUAAGCAGAAAUUAAAUCUGAAGAGAACAGAAA